AUGGCGGAGUCUGAUAUCGAACGCCCGCAGCGUCGGUCAUCGUCACGGACGUCCUCUUCUUCCCGUCACAGCCAAAAACCUAGACCCGUCCGUACGAGGUCUCAGAAACGACAGUCAGCUGCAUCUUCCAAUGCUACCACCACCGACCUUACGUCGUUUCCUUCCCUUUCUCCGGACCGUUCAGUAGAAGGAUUUUUCGGCAAGCCUGCGUUAAACCGCGCCCUUACGAACGCGUUGUUGGAUGACCACGAGAGCAUCAAUAGUAGUAGCUCGGGUGAGAUGACUGGUCGUGAUCGAAGAGCGACCCUAGCGAAGUUGACGAGCGGAAUGCCGCGCACGUCUGGCCGUGCGGCUUUAUUUGACGAUGGUGUUCCGGUCCAUGAUUUCCCUGGUGCGCUACAUUUGGCGGACGAUGCACAUAUUGAACGGUUGAUUGCUGGUACAGGAGCUGUGAAGUUGGUCCGGCAGUUUGCGCGCGAUUUGGCUCAGCGGGAUGCUGAGAUCUCGUCACUGAGACAGCGGGCUGAUGCAAGGGAGAGAGAAUUGAAGAGGAUGUUGAGGGAGGUUUCUGUCUCCAACCAGGAUAUUGAGCGACGGCUUUAUGCACUGGAAAAUUUGCCUCGGAAGGUUGAAAAAGAACAUGAUAACGGUAAUGCGGAACAGGAAGCCGGUUCUUCCUCUGGAGUUCAUGGGCUGAUGCAGGAAGCGAUGUCUGAUGGAGUAGGCUCUCGUCAAGAUGAGUUGUUAGAAGCCACUGCGGCGCAAGCUACCGUUCGAGGCCUGCAACGCCUGGAGAGCGACGCCAAAUCGGGCACCUCGAGCGUCGAAUCGGGAUCAGGAACUACGCGAAAGAGACAAAGCUCUCUGCGCAAUUGGCAGGAUUACCUUUUUGGCAGCAAUACAGGCAGUAAAAAGACCAGUCGAGCGAGUAGCAUAAUGACUGAUGUUGGUGAGGUUGAUGAAGAAGAUACUCGACGUCACCCGAAUAAUAUGGCCCGCCGGAAAGCGCUUGACGAACACCUUUUCAAUCCUCCGGAUGAGCAGACGAGCUCUACGGGCGAUAUCAUCAGGAAACACGUGGCGGGGGUCUCGGUGAAUGGGGAUGAUGCCAGUAUCCAUUCGCGCAAGUCGUCAAAAUCUGUAUCGUCUUGGACAGUCAAGUUGUUUGCCGGAAAAGCCCAAGCAGGCAAGGAAGAGAACAACGCGGACGCACCGCGUGGCCGAACUCUGUCAAACAAUCGGGGGAGUAUCAAGGGAGAUCCUCCUUCCCUCCAAGCAAGCUCCAAAGGAGGACUGUCGGCAGUGGCUGCCUUGAAAAGGAUCAACAGUAACACGAGCAUGCACGGAGCGCCUGGAAAGUCGCCAAGUGGCCUGGGUGCGAUAAACCGAUCAAAUCAGAUAGGGCGUAGACAUGCAGCCUCAAGUGUUUCACACGGGACAAGUUCGGAAACCACUGACAAGAACCCAACCAAUCUCGGACCAGUUGAGAUGGAUGCUAUCCUUCCGAUGGAGUCGCGACCUCCAACACUCUCACAUAUGUACAACAACUAUCAGCCUGGUGAGCUUCUGACUGACAGAUUCGGGUUCAUUUAUGAUCAGCGCCGAAAAAGGCGGCAGCGAGAGGCCAGUCUGCUCAAGAAUAACAACAACCGGCUAAGCAUUGCGGAGACCCUGAACAGUUUUCGAAGCGAUAACUCGGAUGGUGAUAAUGAUGAUCUUCAGAAGCAGCCACAGUCCGCUGCAGAGUCUAUACGCUCUCCCGUUUCUGCAUCUCCUGAGGACCCGGAGGCUGGUAGUGUUGCAAUCCGGAGGUGGCAAGACUACCUAAGAAUUGCGACGGGUCCUGCUGAAUUGUUGUCUCAUACACCUUCGGCUGGUCCUAUCGUGUCGCUAACCGCAGGUGAGAGCCAGCCUCGAGGCCCUGGGGUUGCUGUCGAUAAGCGUGGCUCGCUCUCAGUCAAUGCGAAUGCUCAGCCGUCGGCUUCUACGUCUACUGUUGUUGCAGAUCGUCCAGAAUUUGCUGGCACAUCGAAUGAUGAGCUUACCGCUACGGUGGCAACGGCCACUGCAAACGAAAAUGAACCUGUGAAGUUGCUUCUUGAACAAUUGACGGACCUCCACGACUCCCUGCAGCGCGAUAGGAGCGUUAGGUGGAAUGAGUUUCUCCGUAAAGUACGUGCAGAGCGGAGGAAGGAGGGCGAGGCCGCUGCCGCUGCCGCAGCUGCUUCCGAUCGGCCUUUGCGGUCUGUACAUAUGCCUGAAGCGUCCCUUGCAGAUGGCGAGGUUGUGGGGAUUGCUGGCCUGGGGAACAAGGGCAAAGUCGGCCGUGCGAAGUGGCGGGAAUUCCGAACUCUUGUUCUCGGAGGAAUUCCCGUUGCGCUUCGAGCUAAGGUCUGGUCCGAAUGCAGCGGCGCGUCCUCCAUGCGUAUACCUGGCUACUAUGAUGACCUGGUGAAGGGUGUCGGUGGCAAGGACCCCGACCAAUCUGUCGUUGCGCAAAUCGACAUGGACAUCAACCGGACUUUAACAGAUAACGUAUUCUUCCGCAAAGGCCCUGGCGUCACUAAACUUAAGGAGGUUCUCCUCGCAUAUGCCCGUCGCAAUUCGGAGGUGGGGUACUGCCAAGGCAUGAAUCUCAUUGCCGCGUCUCUACUUCUCAUAACACCGACUGCAGAGGACGCGUUUUGGAUUCUAGCAUCCAUGAUCGAGAUCAUCCUCCCAGAACAUUACUACGACCAUGGUCUGCUGGCAUCCCGGGCUGACCAGGUCGUGCUGCGCCAGUACAUCUCCGAAGUUCUACCCAAGCUAGCCGCUCAUCUUGAGGCGCUCGGCGUUGAAUUAGAGGCAUUGACAUUCCAGUGGUUCCUAUCCGUGUUCACGGAUUGUCUCUCUGCGGAAGCAUUGUAUCGCGUUUGGGACGUAGUCCUAUGUCUCAACGUCACCAGUGUCAUCAAUCCAACCCCAACUUCCGCCAAUAUAUCAACGUCCAGCCCUCGAGAUCCCAAUGACUCCACUGCAUCCCCUAUCAAAGACCUCACUUCCGGUAAUGGUGGGGGCAGCACAUUCCUUUUCCAAGUUGCACUUGCCCUUCUUAAACUCAACGAACAGCAACUGCUCACAACCUGCUCCACUCCUGCCGAGCUAUACACGUAUAUCAAUCACCAAAUGACCAACCACGCAAUCAGCAUUGACGGCCUCAUACAGGCCAGCGAGGCCUUGCGCAACGUCGUGCGUCGCGAAGAUGUCGUAGAGCGCAGAGCAGUCGCAAUGCGGGAAUUUGGUGCAUACAAUACGGACGAGAGUAAAUGA